AUGGACCAACAUUUCAGUUAUGUUGCCCUUAAAAAAGGCUUCUAUCCCCAGGCUGGCAUUGGGAUCACAGCUAACACCUUUCUGCUUUGCCUUCACAUUGCUGCAGUCUUUAUGGGCCACAAGCCCAGGCUCACUGACCUCCCUGUCACCCACUUGGCCCUAACCCACAUCCUCAUGCUCCUCACCAUGGGCCUUUUAGUGUCUACAAACAUUUGGGAAACACAGGACGUUCCAGGUGACUUCAAAUGCAAAGUACUUGUCUUCCUGCACAAGGUCAUGAGGGGGCUGUCCAUCUGCACCACCUGUGUCCUGAGUGUGCUUCAGGCCAUCACCAUCAGUCCCAGUGGCUCCUGGUUGGCCCACUUCAAACUGAAAUCCACAAAUCCCAUUGUGGGGCUAUUUGUCUUCUUAUGGGCCCUCACCAUGUCCCUCUCCAGCAACCUGCUCCUCUGCACUGUGGCCACUCCCAAUAAGACCCAGCCUGGACUUCUGUUUGUCACUGACCACUGUUCCCUUCUGCUCAUGAGCUACAGAUACGGGAGCCUGUUUCCUGCCUUGGUGGCAUUGAGAGAUCUCUUAUUUCUGGGUCUUAUGGUUCUUUCAAGUGCAUACAUGAUAAAUCUUUUGCAUAGACAUAAAAAACGAGCCAUGUCUCUUCAUACCUCCAGGUUUUCUCCACAAAGAUCCCCAGAAGAAAGGGCCACUUACACUAUUCUGUUGCUCAUCAGCUGUUUUGAGAUCUUGUACUGUGUGGACUCCAUCUUUUCACUGUUUAUAGGCAUGACAUGGACUGGUGACCCCAUCCUGUUGUAUUUUCAAAUGCUUGUGGCCAAUGGCUAUGGCACCAUCAGUCCUUUGGUGCUGAUAAGUGCUGACACACACAUAAUAAAAGUUAUGCAAACCAAAUGGAGAGAGAAAGUUCAGCUCUGGCUAAACUGA